AUGGGCGUACAAGACGCGGAGAAAUUCACGGAACAUGACCAUAGGCGUCCGAGCGUAUAUGCUCGACACGAGAGCUUCGGAGGAAGGAUCCCGGAGAGAUGCAAGUGGGACAUGGAUACUCUCCACACGCAAUUGCCUCAUGAAUCGAAGGACGGACAGCUACGCAGUGAACUCCGGGGAGCACGGCUUCUAGAAGGAUGCGUGCGAAGCCCCUGUGGGUCGCCCCGACAUGGCGAGGGUCCCCAAGGAGCCACUACUGCUCGGCUCUACGUAGCACCUGUCUCCAAUGCUCUCACGCAUCUUGCCCUUCUGGUUCUCCAUCGCGCGCUCCUUGAGCCGGUCGUUGGUCUUACUGACCCCAACGUAUUGUACCUGAUAGCCCUUCAACCCCAGGGUCGCACGACUCCUACGCGAAGAUUGGCGUCGACUUCUUUGUGGAGUCGAGCAGAAUACGGGGCGAGGAUGUGGGUUGGGUCGUCUUUGGAGAGGAGGGGCAGUGUGGAGGCGGCUGUGGGCGCUGUGUCUUUCGAUGCCAGAUGGGUCGCUAAUGAGGAGACCGCCGGAGGCCGGGAAGAUGUUGCGGCCGCGACUGUAUGGGGGUCGAGUCGGGAGCGGGGUGACGAAGUUGUCUGCCUUGCGACGCGCACGCUGGAUCAGGGUAAGACGACGUUGUAGGUGCGAGCUUCGGUGCCCAGGCCAACCUAGCAGAUUGACAUCAAGCGCGUGUUCCCGUUUCCAGCAGAUGCUGGUGGAAUGAACUCGAUCCUGGUAGGCUUCCAGCUCACGGCCUGACGCGCGAGCAUGUGGGCGUGUGUGCAUCACACGUGAUCUGCG